UAAAAAAAAGUACAUUUGACAAGUUAAAAGUAGCUUUAUUGACGUUUGAGAAUGUGUGCUGCCGGAUCCCCGCCACCAGAUGGAGCCCGCGGGCUCAACGUUGAGACCCGCCCACAUUGAGGGAAAAUAAGCCCCUCCUCGAUCUGCGGGCUGCAGCCAGGGGCCCUUCCAGGGGCACUUGGAGUAACGCGCCAGUGAGAGAGAUUUAUACCAAAGUUGGUUUCGUUCGGGUAUAAAAACUACGACUUGGUCUACAAAAAACGAAUUGCCGUAUGCAAAUCACGCAGUACGAAUAUUACAGACGGAGACGCAACAACUUCCAACUUCGUUCGACAUUUGAAGUUGCACAAAGAAGGACCCAAAAGCAGCCAUGGCGGACACCGGGGAACAGGGGAAGCCUGCUCGGUCUGCUGAAAGGCAAGGGCGAUUAACAGCAGUCUUAGCACUGGCAACACUUAUAUCUGCCUUUGGGUCGUCCUUCCAGUAUGGAUAUAACGUGGCUGUCAUCAACUCUCCAGCACCAUUCAUGCAGAACUUUUACAAUGUCACCUUCCUGGAGCGUUACGGAGCACCCAUGGAGAACAAUCUGCUGACUCGGCUGUGGUCGCUGUCUGUGUUCAUGUAUCCGCUCGGAGGGUUCUUCGGUUCUCUCCUGGUGGCUACACUGGUCAACAAGCUGGGGAGAAAGGGCACCCUUCUCUUCAACAACAUCUUCUCCAUCGUCCCUGCUAUAAUGAUGGGAGUCAGCCAGCUUGCAAAGUCCUAUGAGAUCAUCAUAGUGGCGAGAUUCAUAGUGGGCGUCUGUGCAGGUCUUUCAUCCAAUGUGGUGCCCAUGUAUCUGGGCGAACUCUCACCCAAAAACCUGAGAGGAGCCAUUGGCAUCAUACCACAGCUCUUCAUCACCAUUGGCAUCCUCAGUGCCCAAGUGUUGGGCAUCAGGAACAUACUCGGCAACAGCACAGGCUGGACCCUCAUGCUGGGUCUCACUGGUAUUCCUGCCCUGAUUGAGCUCCUGCUGCUGCCCUUCUUCCCAGAGAGCCCCAGGUACACGCUCAUCCAAAGGGGCGACAAAACCACGGCAAAGAAAGCGCUACAGCGCCUGCGCGGUUGGGCCGACGUGGCGGAGGAGCUGUCGGAGAUGCGUCUGGAGGACCGGUCGGAGAAGGCGGAGGGUCGCUUUUCCGUGCUUUCCUUGCUGUCCAAGCGCUCCCUUCGCUGGCAGCUGGUCUCCGUCGUCGUAAUGAACAUGGGUCAGCAGCUGUCAGGGGUCAACGCGAUCUACUACUACGCAGACAGCAUUUACAGCAACGCGGGGGUCGCACAAAAUCACCUCCAAUACGUCACAGUUGGAACCGGGGCUGUUAACGUCAUCAUGACCAUCGCAGCUGUGUUCAUCGUGGAGGCCUUAGGGAGACGUAUCCUCCUCCUCUGUGGAUUUGGGAUCUGCUGUGGCUCCUGUCUGAUGCUCACCAUUGCCCUCCACUUCCAGGGGAGUGUGACAUGGAUGUCUUAUGUCAGCGUCGCGUCCGUCGUCAUCUACAUCAUGGGACACGCCAUUGGACCUAGUUCUAUCCCGUACGUUUUGACCACCGAGAUGUUCCGCCAGUCAGCCAGACCCGCUGCCUUCAUGGUGGCAGGUUCUGUCCACUGGCUCUCCAACAUCGCUGUCGGUCUGCUCUUCCCCUUCAUGGAGAGAGGCCUGGGGCCUUACAGCUUCAUCAUUUUUUCCUGCGUUUGUCUGCAAGCACUGAUUUACAUCUGGCUGGUGCUGCCCGAAACCAAGAACAAGACCUUCCUGGAGGUCUCCCAGAUGUUUGCAAAGAGGAACAAAGUGGGGCUCAAGCUGGGAGAUGAUGGCAACGUGAAAGACAGCAAAGAGAGCCUGCAGGAUGCAUGGAAGCUCACAGCUUUUUGAGGGGAAAAUAAAGGAAGUCUUCACUUUGGGGGGUUUGCAUGUGCUUCUAAUUUUAUUUUCAAUGAACCUUUGCGCAAUGUUUUUUUGCAGCAUUAUCCAAAAUAAUCCACAUGUUUUUGUCGAUGCAUUACUUGCUUUAUUCGUAUAUUGCUGAAGCCUACAUUAAAUAUUGACUGAC